CGAAAGUUUCUUGUUGUUUUUCUGUCAGUUUUGUGUUGUGCGUAGUUGUAAUUCAGUUUCUAAUGGCUUAAUUAAUUUUCUUAUUACUUUCUUUUACUAUUCCGAUAUAUUUUGGUUCGAGCUUGACCAAAAAUGGCACUGCUACCUCCAGACCCAGUUUAUACCAUCAGAAAUGUUGACAACGUUCCUGUUUAUUCACUGGCAUUCAGCUUUUUGCCCGGCGGUCUGGAGAGGUUACUAGCCGGCUCCAAAAACGGUUACGUUUAUGCAUACAACCUUCAGACUAAUCGUGUGCAGCAAAAAAUCCAAGUUGGUCAAGCUCCCAUAUUGCACAUUAUUCACACAAACACUCACCUCAUCACUCAAGAAAAAGGCGGAAAGUACAAAAUAUUUGCUCUAACAAACAGCGGCUACCAAGAGGAGGCCGUCAUCGACACAGACUAUCCAGGUUUUUGCCGUUUUGAAGCCAACACAAAACUCGAAACACUCUUUGUACCUGAUAGAGAAUCAAAAAUAUAUAUUUAUAACUUUUCUGGAGAGAAAACCGGCAGUUUGGAGCCAGGGCUGUCCUUACCAAAACUAGGGGAUCCUAUGUGUAUGAAAUACAUUGAAUUUCCAUGUGACAGACCUUGUCUUGUAGUGGGCUACGAAGCAGGGUGGAUCCUGUUGUGGGAUCUCAAUACUAGUCAAUGCAUUGGCAAACUGCAAACUAAGGAGUGUCCAAUGACAGUAGACUAUCACCUUGAACAGCAGAGAGGAAUAAUUGGGAAUGCUUCUAAUGUGAUACAGAUAUUUAGUAUAGGAAGAAAAGACUUAAGUUUGGCUCUGAAGUUGGACAUCACAAUUAAGAAUCCUGGCAUAAAUAGAGUCCAGACCCGCUCUGAUGGCAAGGUCUUCACUUCAGGAGGCUGGGAUGGACAUAUUCGUAUAUUUUCAUGGUUUUCGUUACGUCCGUUGGUAGUUCUUACAGAACAUAAGCAAGCAGUGCAAGAUAUUGCUUACUCUUCGGAGAAAGUCUCUCUAUGGAAUGCCAACAUAAUGGCAGCUGGAGGGCUAGAUGGUGCUAUAACCCUUUGGGACUUGUAUAACAACAAAAAUUGAUUCUAUAAUGUGUCUCACACAAUAUAAGAUGAGUAGAAUAGCUUUUGACGAUCGACUACUUAUUUUUGAGUAGAAAAAAAAAUAUUAAUUUGCAACUAUAACUCUCAGUUGUCAAUUGAGUAUAAAAUCAUGCCAGUAUUGCCUUAGAUCAGUGUUUCCCAACCUUUUAAGUGCCAUGCCCCCACCAUAAUAUUUUUAAAAUUCUAUAUUCUCCCAAAUAUGUAACAUAUAUAAUUUAUAACAAUAAAAAAUUGAAUUGUUUACUUAAGAAACUUCAAUAGGUUUUAAGAAUAGCACCAGCAAAAUUGUUAGUGACACAUAAUUAAUUUUAAAAACAAUGAAAAAUAUAAUUAUAACAUAUAAUUUUAAUAAAGAGUCCAUUUUCAAAUUACCCUCUAUGGGGCGAGGGCUCCAUGUUGGGAAACACUGCCUUAGAUCAUCCAAGUAAUGCUUUAAUUAUUUUGAAGAUGUUGAUUAUAGAUUGCAAUACAUAUGCCAUCGUAAUUAGUAUGUAUGAUUUGGAUCUCAGCAAUGUACAAUGUAACUAGAGGCGUACUAUGUCCAGCUUGUAUGGCCAAGCUGUUAGAAUAUAAGAUAAAAAUGUUGAAAUAUAGCAAUGAAUAUUUUCCGUGAAUGAUUUUAGCAAUGUUUUUCAAUGAGUCAAGACAUUAAAAUAUGAA